GCUCAAGUCCGUUUUCGCUCUGAAGCUUUUCAUUGUGAAGACUGUUCAUCCCUUUUUGGUUCCCACCUUGCAGUUGUCACCGGUACUACAACACUUACUUAUCAUGUCCGCCGUCUUUGGUGCCUUCAAGCGCUUCUAUGCGGCCUUCAUUAGUCCACCUCGCCCACUCAACGUGGAAACCGCCUCUCCUCCGUUGAAAUUUGGAAUUCUCGGUGCAGCCGCAAUUGCUCCUCCUGCCCUUGUUUUACCUGCCAAAAGUCAUCCGGAAGUAGAACUUUAUGCUGUCGCGGCCCGGGACAUCAAUCGUGCCCAGAAUUUCGCUAAGAAGCAUGGUUUCAAGAAAUGGUAUGGAGGGAAAGAUGGCUAUCAAGAACUUCUCGAUGACCCUGCAAUAGACGUUGUCUACAACCCCCUGCCCAACGGUCUACAUUAUGAAUGGACAAUGAAGGCUCUCGCUGCUGGCAAACAUGUGCUUCUCGAGAAGCCCAGUGGCAAUACCGCGGAAGAAACACGGCGUAUGUUUUCUCUUGCGGACCAGAAAGGGCUCGUUCUUCUUGAGGCAUUCCACUAUAGAUUCCACCCCGCUAUUCAGCGUGUCAGGGCCAUCAUUGACAGUGGCGAAUUGGGCGCUAUCAAGGAGGUAAAUGCAAGUCUGGCGUUUCCGAAGGGUCUUAUUGGCAACGAUGAUAUUCGGAUGAACUAUGAUAUCGGUGGCGGUGCCAUGAUGGAUUGCGGAUGCUACCCUUUAAGUUGUGUUCGUUAUCUAACAUCAAACAACCCUAGUGCGGUGAUUUCCGCAACUGCAAUUCGAUACACAGGAGAUCCACGUAUUGAUACAGGCACCACUGCCAAUCUAACUUUUGCUUCCUCGGAGCCUAGCGGUGAGCCAGUGAAGUCCACGAUCAAAUGCGACUUCGCCAUCCCUCUCCGAUUGGGCUUCAUCCCCCGCAUGCCGGAAGUUUCCGUCCGCACAGUCUGCGAACGUGGCUCUGUCGAGUUGUUCAACUUCGUGAUGCCAGUGAUUUAUCACUCUAUCACCGUGACACCUGAUAGCGGUGUUUCGAGGACUGAGAAAGCGUACACGUUCGAGGGCGGUAAAGGGGAGGAGUGGUGGUCUACCUACAGGUAUCAGCUGGAAGCUUUUGUGGACAAGGUCAAAGGCCGAACACCACAAACCUGGAUGAGCCCUGAGGACUCCAUUGCAAAUAUGGAAUGGAUAGAGAAGAUAUAUGAAGAGAGUGGACUUGGGUCUCGACCUCAAUCCACAUAUGUCCUCCCGACUGCUUGAUGGUGUUUUGAGGAUGGACUGGUUAAUGUUAUGUCGUGCAUACUUCAAAGUCAUAUACCGUGCAUUUUUAGAGAAAUAUCAAACGGACACGUAUUUUAUUCCCCCGCACCACAUGCACCACGAUCCGUUACUGCAUGCAAAUUCCUAUCUGUAAUAACAUGGCACUCAGUCAGCG